AUGCCCGCCUAUCGCAAGGGAGAAAGCGUCCGCUACAAGCCCGUCGGCGGCCGUGAAUCGCACACCUCUGAGACCGUCGGCGUCAUCCGCGACGUCAGCACGCACGACACCAGCUUGACAGGCCGUAAUGUGGCUGCCUCGGCGGAUGAGCCGCGCUACGAGAUUGAAAACGAGAGAACUCACAAGAGAUCCGCUAUCAAGGAGGCUAACAUCCUUGGCCCGGCUGAGUAG